AUGGAUUCUGGUAACAGUAGUAGCAUGCAGUCUUCAAGUGGUGGUGAUGAAGAGUAUGACUCAGUCUCGAGACCUGAGUCGGUCACAACUUUUCUGAACACUUCAGGCCAUUUUAAUCCCUUAUCAAAUCAACACCCAGAUCAGGCACCCACUUUAUUUGAUCCUUGUGCAAAUUAUCUCAACCCUUUCUCUUUAUCUCUACCAAACAAUUCUUCACUGCUGAAUUUUGAUGGGGUUGGUCCUCGGACGAGGCUAGGAUCUGAACCCAACGCCACUGACCUCGGUAACCUACAAGGCUCGUCUUUGUCUAGCCAGUUUAUCUUAGGCUCAGAAGGACGUUCAUUCCCAAGCCCAUCAUCGAGGUCAGCUCAUGACAAUGGUGUAAAGAACCCGAAGAAGAGGACAAGAGCAUCGAGGAGAGCACCGACUACAGUUCUCACCACCGACACAAGGAAUUUUAGAGCAAUGGUGCAAGAAUUCACAGGGAUCCCAGCACCACCGUUUUCUGGUUCGUCGUAUUCUAAAAGGCUCGACCUUUUCGGAUCUGGCUCACGACCCACUCAUUUGGAACCUUUGGGUUCUCUCUUCCCUUUACGUCCCUCGGCUAAAAGGCUUCAGACUGGACCCUCAUCAUCUCCUUCGUUGUUAAACAAUCCUUUACUUGAUGCUGCUAAUACAAGCAAUACCACCAUGGCUAAUGCUUUCAAUCUUUGUGAUUUAGGCUUACUAAAGCAGCCUCAAAACAUGCAAAGCCAGAGCCAAAUCCUAUCGUUCCAGUCCUUCCUAGACCCUCCUCCUUUACACCCAUCUCUUAGUUCGCCUGGCUUUGGUUUGAAGCCUCAAGGAAGCUCAGCCAUGCCUUCCACUGAUGAAUUGGGGUUGAGCCAUGGUCAUUUAACACCAGAAGCGACACGUUCGAGGAUCGAGAGCAACUGGAGUGAUCAUGCAGUUGGAUUGAACGAUGGGAAUUACGGUAGCAAUGAGCAUAAUUCACAAAGAGUUAACAGCUGCAAAUUGAACUACUUAGCUUCCUCAUCAACUUUCCACCAUGACAAGGGAUUGGAGAAUGUCUCAUCAAGAGGUGAAGAUACAGUCGAUUCAUGGAUUUGUCCUGCAGACUAG